AUGGCGGUGGAGGGUGAGGGGCAGGAGGCCAGCCUCGGCCGCGGCGUCGCCGCGGCCGCGGCGACGCUCGCCGCCGCGGCCGAAGCCAGCAGGCCCCCGCCUGCGCCUGCCGCCGCUGGAGCACCCAGGGCACCCGCCGCCGUCUUUGCCGCUGAAGCAUCGCCGUGGGAAAUUGAAGUCCUGCACCCUGGCCCCAUAGACGGCCGCCUUGGCGAGGCGGGCCUGGUCGCCAAGAUUGAUCUGACCGUUGCACUCCCGAGCGGCGCGGCGCCGCCGCCCUCAGGGCAGCAGCCGCCCACCGCCGCCGCGGCCGCGCCCGCUGCGCCCGCUGCGAGCGCCGCGGGCACGGCACCAGAGAGCAGCAACGCAGCCGUGGCGACCGGGCCAAAGUCGGAGUUCGACGGCGGCGGCGGCGGCGGCGGCGGCGACGGCGGCGGCGACGGCGGCGGUGAUGGAUACGUGGUUGAGCAGACGGGCCUGGCCAGCUUCCAGGGCCUGAGCUUUGAGCUGGGCACUGGGGCCGUGGUGGCCCCCCUGGAGGCGCUGGUGACGGCGCUGCGGCCCGGGGCCCGCGGCAGGGUCAGGACGCGCCUGGCCCUCGAGGGCCCCGACCCCCUGGGCCUCUUCGGCCUCCGCCCCGUGGUCAUCACAGCCACCCUGCUGUCCCUCACGCCCCCGCGGCCCCCACUGACAGCGGCCGCGCCGAGGGCGCAGGAAGAGCUCCAGGAAUGGGAGGAGGGGGGCGGCGGGCGCGGCGGCGGCGGCCGCCGCGGCGGCCGCGGCGGCGGCCGGGCCGGCUACGGGCGGCGCGACAGGCGGCCGGACCCUCUGGGUGCGCUGUUCCAGCCGCCCCUCAGGGCACAGGCGGCCGCGGUGGCGGGUGGCCUAGUCCAGGUGUUGGGAGCGGAGAGCCUCGUGCAGAUAGGCGGCGACAGCGGGCACCUGAUAUCGGCGCUGCUGAAGGACUGCGCGUUCACGCCCCUGAAGCGGGUGGCCGCGGUCGACUGGGCCAUGGGCCGCCUGAACCGCACCGUCGCCGCCGUUGAGGGGGCGCUGCAGUGCAGCACCGUGCUGGUGGCCGGGAAAGAGGCCGCAGCGGCCGCCGCGGCCGCGGCAGAUGCCCCCGCUUCAGCAAAUGGCAUGCAGCCACCUCGGCAGGAGCUGGCACAGGUGGGAGCAUUGAAGGACAGCGGAGGCGGGGCCAGCGCGGUUGAGCAGGCGCCGACGGCAACCAUCGUCUCUGGUGUCACCGGGCCGCCUGCCGUGCCCGGCGCCUCGCUGCCUCCUGCGGCCACGUUGCAGGUGCCCCAGCGCACCGGCGGCCUGGAGGGCGUGUCGUCACUGCCGCUGUCUGUCGAAGACAGCUGCGCAGGCGGCAGCAGUUUGCAGAGCCUUGACGCGCCGGGCGCCGCCGCCGUGCCCGCUGCCGGGCCGGCGCCCGCGGAGCCGACUGCAGUCGACCCUGCCGCCGUGGGGGCUGCUGACGCCGCCGCAGCGGCCGCGGCCGCGGCCGCCGCGCCGUGGCGCGCAGAGCUGUCUGCGUUCGAGUGCGAUAUUGACAACCCGACCCUUGCUGCGGCCGCCAGUUGGGAAGCUGCAGGGCUGGCUGGCUGUGACGUGUGCGUGAUGUCAGAGGCGGUCGAGCAGAUGGCGGGGCAGAGGGAGGCGUCUGAGUCGCUGAUGAGGGCGGUGAUGCGUGGGCUGAGGCCGAGGGUGCUGCUGGUGACGACGCCAAACAGGGACUUCAACGCCGUGAUCCAGGAGCUCGCGGGCCCCUCCGCCCUCCGCGGCCCCGCCGGACCGGGUGGCGCGCCGCUGCGCUUCGGCUUUGACCGGUUCGAGCUGACAGCGGCGGAGUUCUCAGAGUGGGCGGCGCAUGCGGGCCGCGAAAGCGGGUACCAGGUCGCUGUGUUUGGCCUGGGCCGCGCCCCCGGCGACGCCGAGAGCAAAGCCGCCGCCGCGGCCGCCGCCUCCACCGCGGCCGCCGUCGACACACGGCGGGCAGUCAACAGCGGCUUGGCAGGGACUGCUGGGACGGAUGCGGGCGAGUCAGAGCCUGGGGCAGCCGGAGCUGGUGCGGCGGCGGUGACGGCGGAGGGGCUGACGGCUGAGGUGCUGCGCGCUAGCGCGCCGGCUGGCGUACCUGGCGGCCAGGAGCCGCUGCACGGCGUGGGGUUUGCCCAGCACGCCGCACUUUGGGUGCACAGCGCUGGCAGCGCCGGCAUGGAGACGAGAGGGGAGGAGGGCGCGCAGGCGCCAGGGGGUGGUGGCGCGGCCAGCGGUAAAGCGCCCCUGCGGCGCUUCUGGGGGCCGCUGCAGGUGGCUGCUUUGCUGCCAGGCGACCGGGAGAGAAUGCAGGGCAGUGGGGGGGAUUCAGCAAUGCCCGAUGUGUUGGAGCAGAUUUGA